AUGUCAUUACAACUCCUUCGAGUAGCCGUCCUUGAGUGUGACACCCCGAUUGACCCUAUCAAGGCCAAGUACGGCACAUACGGAGACAUCUUCGACAACCACCUCAAGGAGGGACUUGAGCGCAUUGGAGAUGUCGAGCUGCAGUUGACCAGGUUUGAUGUGGUGCAACCAUUCCCAGAAUACCCCAAGCCAGAUGACUUUGAUGUCGUCCAUCUCUCAGGCAGCAAACACGACUCCUACAAAGACGAGCCAUGGAUCCUCACUCUCACCAGAUUCGUCCAAGACUGCUAUCUGAUACACCAUAAACCCGUCAUCGGCAUCUGCUUCGGGCACCAGAUCAUUGCGCGUGCUCUCGGGGCGCGCGUGGGUCCAAACGUGUCAGGAUGGGAGGUUGCCGUGGAGCCCAUGUCCCUGACUAGCGUGGGAAAACAACUUCUGAGAAAGGAUACUUUUUCUCUGCAUAUGAUGCACCGCGACAUUGUGUACGAGGUCCCGCCAGGAUGCGUCAACCUCGGAAGCAGCCUGAUCUGCGGCAUUCAAGGGAUUUAUAUCCCCAAACGAAUUCUUUGUGUUCAAGGCCAUCCUGAGUACUAGGUCCUGGCCUGCGGGAAGCCCCCAGCCCAAGGCAUUGCGAAGCGCCUUAGUAAGCAACAUGCAACGCACUUUGACCGUAUUUAAAGAGCUUCAUCAAGCGCAUGUAAAGGGCUACUAAAGGGCUCAGUCAAAUACUUAAAAACGCAGUACUUGAUUC